CCACACUGCUAUGCUGCUCAGUUCUACAAUUAUCUUCGGUGGAAAGGUGCAUUGGAAUCCAAGAUCCUCCCCAGAGUCCCUUAGUUCAGAACGCGUCCUCUGCCACUCGAAUGAGUCGCGUCGAAAGAUCGGGCCGGACAAUCUUGGGGUUAAACCGCUCUGGGCUGAUUCGACGCUUGAUCCCAUGAUAUCCUCACCACCCUGAUUGUCACCGCUGGCACUGGAGGGACGCCUAGUGAGUGUGAGGAGCAACGUGUCGAGACCUGCAAGAUCGAAAUUGGGGGAGGUCGACGCAUGACGAACCAGUCCUGUCACUGAGAGAUCCAGCUAUCUUCACUUUUCUCCCUUCCAUUCAAGACCAUAUCCUUCCUUGGUGGCAAGAGCGUGCUGCAGGCUUGUUUGCUGGUCAUUUGUCACUAGUCACUGAUUUACCUCGUGACAGAUCUGCUGCUUCUACUUUCUUUGGCAUCUCAUCUGCCCACAAUAUAUAUAGUAAAUCAGUCGCAGUCAAGUGCCUGUCUGGAAGAGAAGAUCGCAAUGAGGGUUCGGAUCAGGGGCCCUUCUGGCAAGUCCAGCACAGUCAGCCUUGAUGAAUCCGCCACGGUAGAGACGCUUCGAAAGACAAUCACAACCGAAACAUCACUGUCUUCUUUCGAGGUCAAAUAUGGCUACCCGCCAAAAACACUGUCGCUCGAUCAACUGCCCCCUUCAAAACUCCUUUCAGAGCUCGACAUCAAAUUGAACGGCGAGCAACUGAUAAUUAAUGAAGUCAAACCACCAAGUCAGAAGGGUGACUCUCAACCGACGUCGUCAGAUCCGCUUACAAGCGCCCCGAGAGCAGCUGAAUCUUCAAGACACUACGGCUCUACCUCGACAGCCUUCUCCGGCACGUCGAAACCCACGCCCAAAGCCCAAGAAGCCUCGGCAGCGCCACUGUCCCUAUCGCGAAAACAGAACGCGGAAAUGGCAGAUCCACCCGAGAUCUGGUGUCCCGAUCUCCAGGGCACCUUGGUCUUACGCAUCAUGCCAGACGACAAUUCGUGUCUUUUUCGAGCCGUUGCCAGCGCCGUCCUGUCAGAUAUGGACGCGGUCACGGAGCUACGGUCGAUCAUUGCCCAGAACAUUCAAGCCAAUCCUGAAAAGUACACCAAGGCUAUUCUGGACAACAAAGAACCCGAUGCAUAUUGCCGGUGGAUCCAAACUGAGGACGCUUGGGGGGGUCAAAUUGAGCUUGACAUUCUCAGCCGGCAAUUCGACGUCGAGAUCUGCAGUAUCGACGUGCAGAGCUUGCGAGUGGAUAGGUACAAUGAAGCCGCAACAAGUCGUUGUUUCAUUGUAUAUUCCGGCAUCCACUACGAUACCAUCGCUCUAAGCGUGCAUGGUGAGCCGCCGGAAGCAGACGUCAAGCAGUUUGUCCAACCACUUUCCGACGAGGUGCUGCCACAUGCCAUUGCCUUAUGUCAGAAAUUACAGGCCAAGCACUACUACACCGACACAGCCGGGUUCAAGCUCAGAUGCAACGAUUGCGGAGUGACGUGUACAGGAGAAGCUGGGGCAAUGAAACAUGCAGAACAGACAGGGCAUAUGAACUUUGGGGAAGCUUCUUAGGGGCAAUGUGAAAGGGGCACGAUUGAUAUUGGCAAGAUGGUUGGAAGAUUCCAUCUGCUUCAGGAUAUGAAGCUUUUCGCCCGGAGCCUUGUCGUGAAGCCUCUAUCGGAACAUUGCGAGAUCACAAGAGGGCCCGAAUGCAAAAUAGCUGAGUGAGACCAGCGUCGCUUUCGGUUGUAUAUCUCCUCAACCCUUUACACGGCCUGGUGUGGUUCCGCGAGACUGGUCGGCCUUAUAGCGAACCGUCCUGCUGACUGUGUGCUCGUUAGAUAGAGGAAUAUAAAGGUACCCAAGUAAUGCGUUGAUCGAGAUCAGACAAGCGGCUGACGCAAAGUUUAGGAAGC